CCACCUGCUUCUUGAAGACGGUUAACCACAGAUCCUUGCAGAGGAAUUUCAGGACAUCCAGCUCAUCCUUGAAUGACGGCAUCUCCUUUGUCAACCUUCAGCAGAAGGGGGAAAUCAGAGUGUUUGGACAAAUCCCCCAUGGAAUCAGCCACCCCAGCCUAGCCCAACAUCCAAAACUCUGCCAACAGACUCACCAGCUCACUCUGCAGGAGGAACUGCAGGAGGGCAGACAGCCCAAGCAAGGGGAGCCCAGAGCAAACGGUGCCAAAAUUAGAAGUGAAUCCAGCUUCAGGACCCCUGCCAUGUCCCAGCCCCUCCUGGGGCCUUCCCUCCCUGGUGCUCCAUUUCAGACUCUGAUUCACUCCCAGUUCACAGGGACCGCUUUGUACUGGGAGUCGCUCCUGCUGAUCUGUCCACCAUGUUAAGCUUCCUCCUCCACCUUCACUCCAUGAAUCUCCCACCCAACCCCGCCUGUGCUCUGGUACUCUGUACUCACCUCUCCGAGAGUCCUUGGCCCACUCGGAAACCCACUCCCUCCAGGGCAGCAAGACCUUUCUCCUGUUCCUGUCAAACACCACAGAUGAAAAGGCUCAGAAUGGGGUGGCUGAUGCCCAAGGAUGGCAGCGCCCCAGUACAAAGCAGUGGUUCAAGGGGAAGCAUCUGAGACCGAUUCCGAUGAAGAAGUUUAUCUGUCAUCCGUUCCCCAGGCCUCCUUUCCCAGCCUCUCUGGUGUGAAAGUCCUCGGGGAAGCGUCUGAGACAGAUGACGAAGACGAAGGGAGCCCAAGUGGGCACAAAGUCAGGUCUAAGCUAGUCGACCUGGACCUGCCUCCCCUGAUUGUCAUCAGGAAGGAGGAGCCAAGGUCUCCCGUGGGAAUAGAAGAGAAGCCCGCCCUUCGUAUCCAGCACCAGGGGCGCUAUAGCACCUUGCUGCAACAGAAGCUGAUUGAGAGCAAUGCCCGCUUGUGCUACGAUGUCAGCAGCACCAUCAAGCAGGUGUAUCAAAUGGCCACCAAGGAACUCGGCACCAUCACUGCACAGCUCAGCAACUCGCAGAGCGGCAUCAUCAAUGCCUCGCACAAUAUCCGCCUCGUUCUGGAUGACUUGCAAGCUGUGGCUGACAAGAUGGACAUCGUCACCAGCUGCAACCUGCUGCCUGAUAUCCAGAUGGAGCUGCCUCCUGCAUAACCUACCCCUUCUCUUGGAACUAGGGGAUCUGAGCUAUCCCGCUCCGUUGGCAGCUUGGAGUGCUGGGUUGGUUGGUUACUGAUGGGUACUGGCUUGUCACAAGGAGGGGAUGUGGAAUAUCAAAUGGAGCUGCUUUAGCCCUGAAGGGUCUUUGUAGUUUUGAUGACGACAAUACUGCCCAGCUAGUCCCAAGCGAAUUAAUGACCAAGAUCUCAGGGAACACCACUCCCAGCAUGCACAAAGGUCUCACGCAACUGCUGCUUAAUAGAACUGCUGUUAACAUUAUCAUGUGGCUGGAGCUAAUCCCAAGAAAUAAGUGCAGUGGGUGCGCUGUAAGGCCUGUGCUUUAGGGUAACACUUUCAGAGUAGUAUGCCCAGCACGUGUCUGAAGGCCAAGGACAGUGCCUGUCCCGUAGCUGAUGUCAGUAAACAGCUCCAAGCAUGGAA